UGAAAGAAAUCUCGACGCGACUGGGAGGCUCUGCGUUUUUGUGCCGGCGUCGAUUUUUUAGUUCGAAAACGUAUGCGGCGCGGUGAAGACAAAGGAAUUGAUUUUCAAUAAAUCGAAAAAAAUGUAACAGAAUGUAUUUACAUGUUACAUUUUGAAAAUACAGAAAGCUGGUUAUUCCAAUAAUCCAAUUUUUUUCAUUUUUUUUUUUUUUUUUUGUGUGUGUGCAACAAAAGAGCGAGUAAGAGAGCAAAGAGCCGCCAAUAAAUGGCAAAUAUGUGAUAGGUGAUAAUCUGUGUUUAGGCCUCCCUCUCUCGCUCUCUCUCCCUGACUUUCCACCCCACCCUGUCGCUUUCCGAAGGGCAGACGCUGUUGGAGGCAAACGGCAACAACAAACCAGGAACAAAGCUCACAAGCCGCUGUAAAGGAUACAAAAGUGGACAUUUUUGGAGUCCUGGAAAGGAAUACAAGUAAUUGGCAUAAAGUUGGCAUAAUUCAAAGGCAGUCCAAGUUGCAGAAAUGGGAAAAGAUCGACUGCCCGAGCUUUUGCAGCGCUCAUUGAGCACGAACUCGUCGAACUCGUCGUCGAACGGUUCACUGCUUUUGAACGUGUACAGUGGAACCACGGAGUUCAUCACUAGCAACAGCGGCGGUAACAACAAUAGCUACAGUAUCGUUAGCCAAAACUCUCACAGCUGCAGCAACAACAACAGCAGCAGCGAACCCAAGGAUCGGUCCAGUUCAAAGAUGGCGCAGUAUGGCUCGAAUGUGGACGACAUACUCAAUCCGUACACGGAGAUUCGCCAACAACUCGCACAGAUAGCCGCCAACUUGGAGGCGAUGAACCGCAUGGCCCAAACCGUCAAUCUGCGAACUUUCAACGAGAACGAGAUGGAUGAGCUUCACAACAAAAACCUGAGGCUGGGCAAUCAGCUAAUGACGCGAUUCAACGACUUCAAGGCGAAUCUGCCGGCGGAAAACGAUUACAGCUUGGAGGCAAGGAUGAAAAGAACCCUUUUCUAUGGCCUCCACCAGACUUUCAUCAAUCUGUGGCACAAAAACGAACUAUUCCUGCAGAACUACGAGACCAAGGUCAAAAAGAAUCUGAGACUGCAUACAAAAAUCAUUAAUUCUGAAGCCAGCGAACAAGAAAUCGAGUUACUCAUCGAGAACAAGACAACCAAACUCUUUGUGGACAAUUUUCUGCAGGAAACGGAGAAGGAGCGGCAGACACUGCGCGAAAUGAUGGACCGAUUCAACGAGCUGCGCCGCCUGGAGAAGUCCAUCGAGGAGGUCCACGCCCUGUUCAUGCGCAUCCAGACCCUGGUGAUGGAGCAGAGCGAGGUGAUCCAGCGUGUGGAGUUCCACGCCCAGCAGGCCACGCUCCACGUGGACAAGGGCGCCGACGAGCUGGACCAGGCGGAGCAGCACCAGAAAAAGGCGCGCAAGAAAAAGAUAAUGCUCAUCGUGAUACUCGCAGCCGUGUUGUUAGUAUUACUCCUUGUUGGUAUUUAUUUGUGAUGCACGCGAGAAACUUUUUUUUUGGCCUAAUUUUAAAAUUUACACGUAAGAAAAUAAACUUUAAAACCUCAAGAAGAAACUUUGCAAUUAAUCAACAGGUAAACGAAAUCAAUAAAAGCUCAUGCUGUUGAGAGCAUGCUCUA